AGUCAUUCUAUAACAUUGGAGACGAUAUGGCCAGCUGUCCUGACAACACUUUUACCUGUGACAAUGGGGAGUGUGUCACCAAGGUCAACGCCGAGUGUGAUUUCAUCCCGGACUGUGCCGACGGCUCUGAUGAAGCUUACUGCUCCUGUGGGACACGCCCGGCCAUGGGCAGUAGAAUAGUGGGUGGAGUGGAUGCCCGUCCUGGGGAGCUGCCCUGGCAGGUCAGUCUGAGGCUGCAUGGCAGACACAACUGUGGAGCCUCCAUCAUCAACAGCCAUUGGCUUGUCACUGCUGCUCACUGCUUCGAGAAGGACAAUGACCCAAAAGAAUGGACAGCCCUGGUAGGAGCCAGCCUGGUGAGUGGAGAAGAGUCAGAAGCCAUCUCUGUGAACAUCAAGUCUGUGUUUGUGUCCCCAGACUACAACCCUAUGACCACUGACAACGAUGUGACCAUGCUGGAGCUAGAGACCCCUCUCACCUUCAGCCCCUACAUUCAGCCUGUCUGUCUGCCCUCCUCCUCCCAUGUCUUCAGCCCAGGCCGGAACUGUGUGGUGUCAGGCUGGGGGGCUCUCAACCAGCAUUCCUUUGAUACGCCACGAUCUCUACAGAAGGCAGUGGUUAAUAUCAUUGAUUCAAAGGUCUGCAACAAGUCGUCCGUUUACAGAGGCUCUGUGACCGACAACAUGAUGUGUGCUGGCUUCCUACAAGGGAAGGUCGACUCCUGUCAGGGUGACUCUGGAGGGCCAUUGGUGUGUGAGGAGGCCCCAGGGCGGUUCUUCCUCGCUGGGGUGGUGAGCUGGGGCGUGGGCUGUGCUCAGAUCAACAGGCCAGGGGUCUAUUCCCGCGUCACCAGGCUACGCAACUGGAUCCUCAGCCACACCAACCCUGGCAUGGUCCACUACCCUGCCCACACCCCGCCAAUGGUGCCAGUUACGACACCAACAGUCAGUCCUAUUUCCAAGACAAUGGUAGCAGCCCCACUCCUGCAUGCUGUGAACUGUAGUGAGAACUUCAAGUGCAGGGCUGGGGAGUGUGUCAGCAAAAUGAACCCUGAGUGUGAUGGUGUCAUUGACUGCUCUAACGAGGCUGAUGAGAAGAACUGUGACUGUGGCAUGCGUCCGGCAGUGGGCUCCCAGAGGAUUGUGGGUGGCUUGACUGCACGGAGGGGGGAGUGGCCAUGGAUUGGCAGCCUACAGUAUCAACGCUUACACCGCUGUGGAGCCACUCUCAUACACUCUAAGUGGCUCCUGACUGCUGCCCACUGCUUCAAAGGUAACUCCAACCCUGUCGCCUGGUCAGUGAGUCUGGGUUCAGUGCUGAGGUCCGGGGUGGGAGCUCUGGUUAUCCCCAUCCAGAGGAUCAUACUGCACCCGGGCUUCAACAGCACCAACAUGGACCAUGAUGUGGCCCUGCUGGAGAUGGCUGUCCCAGCACCCAGGUCCUACACAAUCCAGUUGGUUUGCCUCCCCUCUCCUGUACACAGCUUUCUGAAGAACACUGAGUGCUACAUCACUGGCUGGGGCUCCAUGAGGGAGGGAGGUUCUCUGACCAACCUGCUCCAGAAAGCUGAUGUGAACAUCAUCGAGCAGUCAGACUGCCAGCAGGCAUACGGCAACAGCCUCACCCCAAGCAUGAUGUGUGCCGGCUACAUGGAGGGGGGCAAAGACACAUGCCUGGGAGAUUCUGGUGGCCCCUUGACAUGUCGUGAAUUCUCUGGCCAGUGGUUUGUUGCCGGGGUAACUAGCUGGGGACAUGGCUGCGGACGGACUGCUUUCCCAGGAGUCUAUAUGCGGGUCACUGCCAUCAGGGAAUGGAUAUCCAACUAUCUGCACUUCUGAGGCUAUGGAAGAGAGAAGGAAUUGAGACUGACAGAGACAUCAUACAAUACUUGAGGACACAAAAUGGGUUUUCUACAUUGCAGCCACCACUGGCAUUUGUGUGUUACUGGUCAAGGAAGAUACGCCACCAGUAAACUGCCUGGAGAGUCCAGCUGAAAGUUUAAUCUUGGACAAUAAUGUGGAUAACUGGUCCAUGGACAUUUUACUACAACAUACAUUAUUAAAUGGGGAAGUGUAUUUAUUUUAGUCUUUGUGGGUCCAAAAAUAUAUUUCAUUUUAUUGGCAUUUACCCAACUGUCAUUUGUCUUAUUUAGCCAAUCACCAUUUUAAUGCAAGUUCAAUAGACCAACCAAAACAUUUGACAAUUAUGUGCACAGCUAUAGCAGAUUCUUGUCAGGAAGUCUUGCAUGAAAGCAUCUUUACGUGGCUAAAUCUACAUAGCUUCUAGAAGCUGUUCAGGCACUACAUGAAAUAUGAGCCACACUGGUUCCUCAAGCAACAG